UGCAUGGUUGUCGACACUGACAUAGCUACGUUCCCGCCAAGUGUCCUCCUCCCCAAUGCAGCACUGACACUUCAAAGAAACUUUGGAGAGAAGAAAGGUUUAAUAUUUCAUUCGAGCAGAGCACUCAACAACGCAUAAUCCCAGAAGUCAGCCAAGUCAUCGGAUAAGGCAAAAGAACAAUGAGUUACCAACACAUCCAUGUUCAACAUGAACAGCAUCCCCCACCAGGGUACCCACAAGAGUAUCCUCAAGCGCCGGACUUUCCACCUCCACCGCCACGGCCGGGGUUCCCAAAUCCAUCUCCUCCGCCACAAGAAUAUGGAUAUCAGGGUUACUUCUAUGAAGGGUACCAACCCCCACUAUCAGCUGCCCCUCCUCCCCUCCGCCCAUACCACCACUACCACCAAGAUGACUAUGCCUGCGAUUCUCUCUUUAGAAGCUGUUUGGCUGCACUUUGCUGCUGCUGCUUGUUGGAGCGUUGCUGCUUCUAGAUAUGCAUAAUAAUAGCCUGCUCUGCUGCUGCCGUUGUAUUCUUGGUUUCUGUUUUGCUCUUGAUUUCUUACAAACCUGCAAGACUAAAAUUCAGUCAAUCUGUAUGUCGUUAAACGUAGCUUGUGUUAUUCUCAAUAAAUUAAACUGAGAAGCAAGUGGAUACAAUUUUAUGGCUUUUAUGUCGAGUGUGGUGCGACUUUGAUCGAAUAGGAUCCCAAAACCUUUUUCACAUUUGAGGCUUGCUUUAUACAUGAGUUGAAUAGGUUUGGUGAUGAAUGCCUUUGUCAAAAGCCCAUUCUGAUUCUGGGCAUGCACGCUGGUUUGAAAAUUUAACUUCAGCUGGUUUAAGGUA